AUGAGUGGUAUCGACGAGUUUCGUCUGGGUGCAGAAAGUCAACAACAACAACAACAACAACAACAACACAGUACAUACUCUUUCAGUUAUACGGAUGCUCUUUCACUUAGUAUUGGGAAUAUGCCAGAGAUUAAUGUGGAUAGUAUAGCAAAUAAAAAUCGAUCCAAUAAUACAAAUUAUUUAAUGCAUGACUUCAAACCAACUUCUUUAACAUAUACAAUUAUAUUUGGUUUUGUUUGUGCUUUUCUUUGUUUUUUAACAAUUACGGGUAAUUUACUCGUGCUCAUCACUUUUCGUCGUAUAAAAACUGUUGGAAAUCUAUUUAUAUUGAGUCUAGCUACGGCUGAUCUUAUUGUUGGCUGUUUUGUCAUGCCUAUUGCCGGUAUAUAUGCUAUCACGGAAAAAUGGCAGAUGGGUAUUGUCUUAUGUAAAAUUUGGAUAUCAGUGGAUUUCACAGCAUCAACAGCAUCGAUAUUUAAUUUGUUAACAUUAAGUUUAGAUCGUUAUUGGUCAAUAACAUCUCCACUUCAAUAUCUUGGCAAACGAACGCGUACUAGAGCUUUACUUUUAAUAGGUCUUGCUUGGGGUUUAUCUCUUCUAUGGGUUAUACCUAUUUUUAGUUGGCAUCGUUUUAACAGCAGCGAACGCUAUAUUGAACCCGAUAAAUGUGAACCUGAAUAUACACAUUCGAAAGUAUUUAAAGUUUCUACAGCUAUGAUUAAUUUUUAUUUACCACUUCUUGUAUUAAUAUUAUUGAAUGGCCGUAUUUACUAUGAAAUAAAACGUCGUUAUAAAAAUGUUCUUCUGCAAAGACAUUCGACCAAAAUAAAUGGUUCAAUAAUAAAUCAUAAUAAUUUAUAUAGCCAUGAAUUAAAGUAUAGAAGAUACAAUUCAUGUUCGCCAGUAACUGUAACAUUAUGUGAUAGUGAUCGACAAGCAUUUUCUUCGACGACUAAUUAUGCGGAUAAUGAUACUUUCAUUAUGUCAAAUGCGUCACCUCGAUCUCCAUCGCAUGCUUAUGAGCCUGCUUUAAGAAUUAAUUUUAAAGAGAAAAAAAAUCGGCCUAGUGCACCGGCUCGAUUAAGCGAUCAAUCUAAAUCGUCAUUAAAACGUACCCAUUCAUAUAUUGACAAAAAUCAUUGCGCACAAGAUGAACUGACAUGGUUUGCACAACGUCGGGAACAUUCUCAUGCAUCAUUUACUCCACUAUCACCAACUGCUCUAGCGAAUUAUAAAUAUAAUCAUAAUCGUUCUCAUCAUCUUCAAAUUAAGGAAUAUUCUUUCAAAAAUAAUAUAGAUUAUAGUAUUAAUCGAAUGGAUUCAACUAAGCAAAAACUAAAGCAAGAUACAACGAAAACAUCAGCAUUUUAUAAUCAUCAGUGCUAUCCACAAACAUCAUCGAGUCAUCAUGACUCACUAAUGGAUUCAAUGAAAACAUCAGCACCAUCAACUACAAUGAAUGUUUUUAAUUUAUGUCAUUAUUGCUCCGGACCUGCAGCAACAAUCACCAUACAUUCCAAUCCAUUUGCAAAUAACCAUCCGAAUGCAAACAGCGAAUCACGACAAACUCCAACUGCAUCCACAUCGCCUAUUCUUCGAUCCUCAUUGAAGCAAAAUCAACAGUCACAACUAACGAUAUCACCUUUGGAAAGACCAUCAAUUACAAUUACGCCAUCACAUAUAACUCGAGGUUCAACAGCUCAAUUUCAUCACUAUCGAGCAGCAAGUAGUAUUAAACAAUCAACAGUAUGGAAUCAACAAGAAAAAGCCUUUCGACAAUUAUUUGCUAUUGUAUUCGGCUUUACAUGCUGUUUUUUACCAUAUUUUAUUUUAUAUAUGGUUGUUGCUUUUUGCGGUUCGUGCGUAUCUGAACGAGCUGUUACAACUGCAAUUUGGCUUGGCUAUGUUAAUUCAACAAUCAAUCCGUUUUUAUAUGCAUUAUCAAAUAAACAUUUUCGAAGAACGUUUAAUAGAUUAUUGAAAAGAGAUAAUCGGUCACAAUCAUAUUAUAAUUAA